AUGUCGCAUAUGAACUCGACAGGAGACGAAAGUGCCUGUACGGACGAAUUAAAAGUAUACAAAGAUGAGGGCGAAGAAGAGGAGCAAAAAAAAUCGUCCGAAAAUUUAACUGAGGAUAAAGUCGGCUUAGUUAUCGAGGGUGAAGGACACACUCCCUUCGACUUCAAUUUCAUCGAACAUGGCGCCUCGCGUAAGUUCGCUUGUGUGUCGUGUUUUAAGCCUUACCUCUUCCUUUUUCCCCUCUGCGCUACCCAUACUUACCUGCCUACCCUCCUCUCCACCCUAUCCCCCCUCCGUUCACCCCCUGUGCACGCGCCUGCGCGUGUGCGUGUAUGA